AAACCCACAAAACAACACGUAGAUUAGGUGACAGCACAAUAGACAACUACUUUUAAAAAUACUAAAGGAGAUGAAUCAUAAUGCGUGUUCCUGUCUAGAUCCAACUGCCUUAAUUACACUUACCCAUGGCAGGAUCUUCUGAGUAGAGCCGACAAAACUACGACAAUAGAACGCUGGUACUUUUUCUUGGAGGCCCAUUUUACAGCAGCCUUUUGCUUGGGCUUGGUGGUCCUUUAAGCUUGAAGGACUAGAUAAGAGGCUAUAAGUAAAAAUCAAGUGCUUGAAGAAUUAGCACCGUUCGUUCAAGCACUGGGACAGCAUGGAGAAUAGUAAGAGUUUGCUUAUUGCUUUCAUUGUGAUUGUGUGCAUUUUAAGCAAGAUUGAAGGACAGGGGCUCAAAUUAGGGUUCUACGACAGUGUCUGCCCACAAGCCGAAAAGAUUAUACUAAAUUUUGCUAAAAAGCAUAUUAGCUUGGUUCCAGAGAUGGCUGCUCCCCUCCUCAGGAUGCAUUUCCAUGACUGCUUUGUUAGGGUUAGUAUAUAUAUAACAGCUGGUCUCUAUUACUGCUUUGUUAGGGGAUGCGAUGGAUCUGUGCUGUUGAAUUCUACCAAUAGUACUGCAGAAAAGAAUGCAACUCCAAAUCUUACGAUCAGGGGAUUUGAUCUUAUAGAUAAGGCCAAGACUGCUGUAGAGAAGCAGUGCCCAGGGGUUGUCUCAUGCGCCGACAUUAUUGCAUUGAUGGCCAGAGAUUCUAUAUUGGUUGCUCAUGGAAGGCCAUUUUGGAACGUUCCAACUGGUCGCAGAGAUGGACGAAUAUCAAAUGCAUCAGAAGCAUUGUCAAAUAUUCCUGCCCCUACUUCCAACUUCUCGCAGCUCAAUACUUCUUUUGCCAACAAAGGAUUGAGCGUGAAAGAUCUUGUCAUUUUAUCGGGUGCCCACACAAUUGGAAUCGCCCACUGUAGUUCGUUCAAUACCAGGCUUUACAACUUCUCUGGAAACGGGGAUUCAGACGUGGACCCCUCCAUGGACAAAUUCUAUGUAGCCAAUCUCAAGAAAAACAAAUGCAAGAACUCCACCGACAAUUCAACUAUAGUUGAAAUGGACCCAGGGAGCUUUAAGACUUUUGAUCUGAGCUACUACCGGCUUGUGAAGAAAAGGAGGGGUCUUUUUCAGUCAGACGCUGCACUGCUUACAGACGCAAACGCCAAAGCAUAUAUUGACCAAGAGCUUGCCAAUACAAAGGCCACGUUUUUCAGUCAGUUUGCAAAAUCAAUGGAAAAGAUGGGACGAGUAGGUGUCCUCACUGGAAGUGCAGGAGAGAUCAGAAAGCAGUGCGCUUUUGUCAAUUGAAUUCAUCUUUUAUAGCAAUGUAAUUCUUCAUUCAUUUGCAAAGUUGUUGAUGUUGCACUGUUUAAACUCAAUAAUUGUUCAGGUUGUACUAUUUUAGCUCCCUAAUAUGUUUUGAAUAUAUAUUUUGAUGUUACUUUUUAA